GACACGCAGCGACGGCGCCAUGUUGCUGUGGGACGCCAACCUCAACGGCGUCGCCGACCUGAAGGAGCGCUACUCCGUCAACGAGCUGCUGGCCGACCUGGCCGGCUGCCGGGCGGCGCGCGUGCUGCUGUUCGUGGACCAGAGCUACAGCGGCGUUCUGUCCAAGAGGCUGCGGGGGUCCCAGAAGCACCUCAACGUGGUCCUGAUCCAGAGCCAGACCCGCGCCCCCCAGAGGCCGGGCCCGGGCCGGGAGGAGGGCGGCUGGUCCCACGUCGGCCCCUCCAGCUGCCUGCUGGACCACCUGGGGAAGGGCGCCGGGAUGCCCCGCCUCCUGGAGCCGUGGGCCGGCCUCCUGAACGUGACGCUGGCCGGCGCCCCCUGCAACGUCACGCCGCCGCUGACGGACGGCGAGCUGCGGCGGGAGUACCAGGGCUGCCAGAACCUGCCCACCGCGCUGUGGCACCGGAGGCACCGGAGGACCGACUGAGAGAGAGAGACACUGAGACUGACUGGGAGAGGGAGAGAGAGAGAGACACUGAGACUGACUGGGAGAGGGAGAGAGAGAGAGAGAGAC